CAAUAGCGACGAGAUUCGCUGAUUGACGGUUUGCUCGGCCAAUAGAAAGGCGGAUCGGGGGGGUUGUCGCGCGCGCGACGGCCAAUGGGAGCGCUCGGCGGGAUGCGGCGGAACGUGGAGGUGAAGGCGCGGCUGAGGGAGAGGGAGGCAGUGCUGAGGGCGGCCCUGCGGCGGCGGGCGGUGAGCACGGACUGCGCCGGGACCGGGCACGGAGCACCCCGGGACUGCCCCGGGACCAGGCUCGGAGCGCCCCGGGACUGCCCCGGCACCGGGCCGGGCAGCGAUGAGGGGCAGGAGCCGCCUCAGGAGUGCCCCGGGACCGGGCAUGGAGCGCCCCGGGAGUGCCCCGGGACCGGGCAGGAGCCGCCCCAGGACUGCCCCGGGACCGGGCAGGUGCUGCUCCAGACCGACACGUUCUUCCAUGUGCCGCGGGGGCGGCUGAAGCUGCGCCGGACGCAGGACGGCCGGGGGGAGCUGAUUUUCUACGAGCGCCCCGACAGAGCCGGUCCCAAACUGUCCCUGUUCAGCACCAGCCCCACGGCCGACCCCGAGGGGCUGCAGGCGGUGCUGUCCCAGUCCCUGGGCGUGCUGGGCACGGUGAGGAAGGAGCGGCUGCUGCUGCUGCUGGGCCAGACUCGGCUGCACCUGGACCGCGUGGAGGGCCUCGGGGACUUCCUGGAGCUGGAGGUGGUGCUGCGGCCGGAGCAGAGCGAGCAGGACGGGCAGCGCCUGGCACAGGAGCUGCUGCGGGAUCUCGGCGUGGCUGAGAGUGACCUGGUGCCCGGGGCCUACCUGGACCUGCUGCUGGCACUUGGGGACAGCGGGGACAGCGGGGACAGCGCCCCGUGCCAGGGACAGCGGGGCUGAGGGCAGGGCGGCCGGCGGGCCGGGGACCCCUGGAAGUGUGCGGUGCCCUGUGGCACCCCAUAAACACCCUGUGCCCCCUAUAGACACCUUGUGCCCGCCCCAUGGACACACUGUGUGCCCCAUGGACACACUGUGCCUGCUCCAUGGACACACUCUGUGCCCCAUGGACACACUCUGUGCCCCAUAGACACACUGUGCCCACCCCAUAGACACACUGUGCCCUGUCACACCCCAUAGACACCCUGUGCCUGCCCCAUGGACACACUGUGCCCACCCCAUAGACACACUGUGUGCCCCAUGGACAGCCUGUGCCCGCCCCAUAGACACACUGUGUGCCCCAUGGACACACUGUGCCCUGUCACACCCCGGCAAGCACGCUGUGUGCCCCAUGGACAGCCUGUGCCCGCCCCAUAAACAUCCUGUGUGCCCCAUGGACAGCCUGUGUGCCCCAUAGACACACUGUGCCCGUCCCAUAGACACACUCUGCCCUGUUACACCCUAUAGACACACUGUGCCUGCCCCAUAGACACACUGUGUGCCCCAUGGACAGCCUGUGCCCGCCCCAUAGACAUACUGUGCCCCCCAUGGACACACUGUGUGCCCCAUAAACACCCUGUGCCCACCCUAUAAAAACCCUGUGCGGCCCAUGGACACUCUGUGUCCACCCCAUAGACACACUGUGUUCCUGUGGGCACCCUGUGCCUUGUCUCACCCCAUAGACACCCUGUGCCCUUUCACUCCCCAUAAACACCCUGUGCCCACCCCAUAGACACCCUGUGCCCACCCCAUAGACACACUGUGCCCUGUCACUGCCCAUAAACACCCUGUGCCCGCCCCAUAGACACCCUGUGCCCUGUCACUCCCCAUAAACACCCUGUGCCCACCCCAUAGACACACUGUGCCCUGUUACACCCCAUAGACACACUGUGCCCACCCCAUAGACACCCUGUGCCCUGUUACACCCCAUAGACACCCUGUGCCCACCCCAUAGACACACUGUGCCCACCCCAUGGACACACUGUGCCCUGUCACACCCCAUAAACACCCUGUGCCCUCUAUAGACACCCUGUGUGCCCCAUGGACACACUGUGUGCCCCAUGGACAGCCUGUGCCACCCCAUAGACAGCCUGUGCCCGCCCCAUAGACACCCUGUGCCCUGUUACACCCCAUAGACACCCUGUGCCCACCCCAUAGACACACUGUGCCCACCCCAUAGACACCCUGUGCCCUGUCACACCCCAUAGACACACUGUGCCCGCCCCAUAGACACACUGUGCCCUGUCACUCCCCAUAAACACCCUGAACCCCCUAUGGAUACUCUGUGCCCACCCCAUAAACACUGUGCCCAUCCCAUAAACACCCUGUGCCCUGUCACACCCCAUAAACACCCUGUGCCCACCCCAUAGACACCCUGUACGCCCUAUGGACACCCUGUGCCCCUUAUGGACACCCUGUGCGCCCCAUGGACACUCUGUGCCCACCCCAUAGACACACUGUGUGCCCCAUAGACACACUGUGCCCUGUCACACCCCAUAAACACCCUGUGCCCGCCCUAUAAACACCCUGUGCGCCCUAUGGACACUCUGUGCCCGCCCCAUAGACACACUGUGCCCGCCCCAUAGACACACCCUGCCCUGUCACACCCCAUAAACACCCUGUGCCCGCCCCAUAGACACACUGUGCCCUGUCACACCCCAUAAACACCCUGUGCCCACCCCAUAAACACCCUGUGCCCUGUCACACCCCAUAAACACCCUGUGCCCACCCCAUAGACACACUGUGCCCUGUCACACCCCAUAAACACCCUGUGCCCACCCCAUAGACACCCUGUGCCCUGUCACUCCCCAUAAACACCCUGAACCCCCUAUAGAUAUUCUGUGCCCACCCCAUAAACACUCUGUGCCCACCCCAUAAACACCCUGUGCCCUGUCCCACCCCAUAAACACCCCACAGACACCCCCAGCCCCAAAACCCCCCCGGGAACCCCACAGUACCCCCGUGGCCACCCUGCCCCCCCCGCGGGUCACCAAUAAACUCCGUCCCCGCC